AUGCCGCUUUUUGGCUGGAUGAAAUGGCCAAAAAAUGAUUCCUACAAACCCUCAAGGUAUCCUGGAUCAGAACUAGUUACAAAAACCUUGCUGAGGGAAUUGAAAUGGCACCUGAAGGAGCGUGAAAGGUUAGUGCAAGAGAUUGAAAACGAGCAAAAAGUCCAGAAAACCGGCAUGGAUUACAACUGGUUGAAGAACUACCAAAAUCCUCAAGCCACAAUUCCAGCUACUGAGCAGCGGCAGCUCGAAGUUCUGUGCUCCCAAAUCCAACCCUGCCAGACUGGAACUGUUCUCAGCAGAUUUCGUGAAGUUCUGGCAGAAAAUGAUGUUUUGCCUUGGGAAAUAGUCUACAUAUUCAAGCAAGUUUUAAAAGAUUUCCUUACUACCAUGGAGAGAGAAAACCAACAAGAGCAACUGGUAAAUGUGUGGAAUACAAAUUGCUCUGAACAUUUCAAUCUGCGUGGAGACAGUUCUAACAGAUCGGAGAAAGAGGAAAUCCCUACAGUCUCAAGUUAUGUCGACAAAAACACACAAAGCAUGUUUCCCACUUUCUCUGAUAGGAUCUGGAAUCUACCAUACUACUACCCAUCAAGUUAA